AUGAUAAGGAACGUAACUAAUAUUGCAAGGACCAGACUCCUAACGAGACGAGUCAUGCAACAGCCUGCGAGACCAAUUUUAGCUGCUACUAGGACUUUCUGUAAUAGCGCUGUCGUUAGGGAGAAGAAGCUGAGUAGGGUACCAUUGACAGGCAGGCCCAAGGGUUCUGAACCGGAGCAUGGUAUUGAGACGUCUAACUCCAUUGAGUUUUCAACUGGUAAAGCCAUUGCAUUAUUUCUAGUUGUGGGUGGUGUUUCUUACUAUGUUUUUACCAAUGAGAAGAAAAAGCUGGAAGCUCGUAAGGAAGCUGAGGCCAAUCGCGGCUACGGCAAGCCCUCAUUAGGGGGUCCUUUCACACUUGUCGACACGGAAGGUAAAGAGUUUACUGAGAAGAAUCUGCGUGGCAAGUUCAGCAUCGUCUAUUUCGGGUUCAGCCAUUGCCCCGAUAUUUGUCCCGACGAACUAGAUAAAUUAGGUGAAUGGCUAGAUGUUUUGGAUAAGAAGCACGAUAUACAUUUACAGCCCAUAUUUAUCACGUGUGAUCCAGCUAGAGACUCACCUGAGGUGUUGAAGCAGUACCUGAGCGAUUUCCAUGACGGUAUAAUCGGAUUAACAGGUACAUACGACCAAGUGAAGCACGCGUGCAAGCAAUACAGAGUGUACUUUUCUACACCACCAAAUGUGAAACCAGGGCAGGACUACCUGGUCGACCACUCCAUAUUCUUCUAUCUAAUGGACCCAGAAGGUAACUUCGUCGAAGCACUAGGUAGAAACUACGAUGAGACCACUGGGGUAGACAAGAUAGUACAACAGGUGAGGGCAUACCAGCCUGAGUCAGAGCGCAACAAAGCCAAGAACUCGUGGCUGUCGUUCUUGAAUAAAUAA